CGCGCGCGCUCGUUCACCUGAAGCCUGUGUGUUAUUGAGUGAGUGAGUGUGUGUGAGAGAGCAGCACAGCCGCAGCCUGAGGGACAGAACUUACCCAUCAGCUCAGCGGGUAAAGAGUACCAACACCGAACCGAGCUCCUUCACUUCACCCACCACAGAGUUCACUGAGCUCCUGAGAGGAAACCUGCUCCACGAGGAUACAGAGAGACUCUGAGAGAGAGAGAGAGAGAGAGAGAGAGAGAGUUGGCGGCUGAGCGCAGCACGAGGCUGAAAGAUGUGAGAGUUUCUGGACGCGUUUCUAUCAGUAAAAAUGAGAACUACAUUUCCUUGCACCAUUUGCGUACUCAUUUUUCUCCAAACGUCGUGGAGGAGCAUAGAUGGACAAUGCAAGGAGCCAAGAGAAAUCUCCAAACUCAAUCUUUCUGUGACUUAUGACCUCCCUCACUUUGUAUCAGAUACACCUGUCCAGAAAGUUCUCGUAUUCAAUGGAAGUGUUUAUGCUGGAGCGACCAACAAACUCUAUGCAUUAUCAGGAGACCUCAAGAAGAUGUUUGAGUAUAAAACUGGGCCCGUUCAUGAGGGUCCACGAUGCAAUGCUUGCAAAGGUUGCAGAAACAACCCCCCAAAUGCUAACAACACCAACAUGGCUCUGGUGAUGGAGACCUACUACGACCCUGAGCUCUUCAGCUGUGGCACGGUGGGAAACGGAGUGUGCACACGCCACUUGCUGGAAGAUGGACAGCUUGACGUUGAUGUCAACUGUAUGCGAUCACAUAAUGAUGACGGAAGUCACUGUAUUGCUGGCCCUGCAGGAACCCAGAUUGUCAAUGUAGAAGUUGGAGGCGUUGUAAGGUUCUUCGUUGCUAAUUCAGAACCUCUCGAGUCUGCUCCAGUUUCUUCUCCCUGUCUUCACCACACAAUCUCUGUACGAAAGAUGUGGGAGACCCAGGACAGAUUUGAGUUUGUCUCUAAGCAGUCCUACAUGGAUCUAGCUCCUGGACUGCGUGGUACCUAUCCCCUGAAGUAUGUUUAUUCCUUCCAGAGUGGCCCAUAUGUUUACUUUCUCACUGUUCAGCGAGAGAGCAGCAGUUCCAAGGCCUUCCACACCCGAAUUGUUCGCAUGUGCUCAUCUGAUCUGGAGCUCCAGCACUAUGUGGAGAUGCCCUUUGAGUGCAUCUACUCAGAAAAAGGCAGAAGGAAGCGGUCGACUCAGAUGGUCUUCAACGUGCUUCAGGCAGCGCAUGUAGCUAAAGCUGGCAGGGACCUGUCUAGAGAGACAGACCUGAAUGAAGGAGAAGAUGUGCUGUUUGCUGCUUUUGCUCGCAGCAAGCCUGACUCUCCUGAACCCACAGCCAGCUCUACAGUGUGUGUGAUCUCUGUCGCUAAAAUCAAUGACUUCUUCCGGGAGUUCAUGAAGCAGGGCCACACUAAGCCUCUCUACCACUUAUCUGGCUCGGAUCUGAAACCGUACAAUCAGAGCUCCUUUGGCGAUUCGUUUGGCUGUGGGAAACACGAGAAGGGCUACAGACUUGAGGUCACCAGAACUCACCCGCGUAAAGACUGGUUCAACGGGCGCUUUCGUAACAUCCUCAUCACCUCCAUCGCCGUGGUGCCCAUGAAGGACCACACAGUGGCUACACUGGGGACUGCAGAUGGGAGGGUCAUCCAGGUGGUGGUUUCCCGUUUUGGCAACACAGAGCCGCAUGUGGAUUUCCUCUUAGACACUCUCCCUGUGUCCUCAGAGGUAGCCCUGCUGUCUCCACAGCGACCAGAUGCCUCCAUACUGCUGGUCACAGGAAACAAGGUGUCUAAAGUGCCUGUGAUUGGGCCUGGCUGUGAGCAGUUGUGGAACUGCAGCUCAUGUCUCCUGGCUCCAUCCUUCAUGGGCUGUGGAUGGUGCAGGAACAUAAACCUUUGCACCCGAUCACCUCAGUGCAAUGACUCAAGACUUUGGAGCCAAGACUCCUGCCCCAUCCUUAUUACCGAGAUCUUUCCAGCCACCGCUCCACUGAGGGGCAACACCAACAUCACAAUCUGUGGAAAAAACUUUGGUUUCAGUAAGAAAGAUCGAUUCGAUGGAAAACUGGUUGAGGUUGAAGUGGCUGGAGUAAAGUGCAGGCUGGCCAGGAAGGACAGUAGCAAUCAUCGGUUGGUUUGCAGCUUGGAUCAUGUGAACGUGUCCAAUUCUGACCACUUGGUGAAAGUACGCAGUGGUAAGGAACAGGAACAGAUCAAGGCCUUCUCAUUCGUGAACCCAGUUAUUACAAGAAUCUUCCCUGAGUUUGGGCCCAAAUCUGGAGGAACCAAAUUAACAGUCAACGGUGUGUAUCUGAACAGUGGGAGCUUGCAGAAGGUCACAAUUGGAAGUGCCACAUGUGAAGUUCAGAGUGUAUCAUCCAACGUGCUGACGUGCCAGACUCCAGCACAAAAUGUGCCCUCACAGCACAAAGUGCAGCUACAUAUUGAUGGAGUGAUAAGGGAAGCUCCUGCCAACUACACCUACAAUGAAGAUCCACUCAUCCACAGUGUCCAGCCCACACGUUCCUUUAUCAGCGGAGGCAGCACAGUGAUCGCGUCUGGUGUCUACCUACACUCAGCCAUGCAGCCUCAGAUGGUCCUCAGUGGGCCUCCCUUUACCAAGGAUAAAGAGGUUCAUGUGACCUGUACGCAGGAUGAAGACAAGCUGACCAUCAUCUGCAUCUCUCCCUCAAUGAAAGGUCUAAACAUUCGCCCCCCGGUCGCCACCAAAAUGAAGUUCAUUCUUGACGGCUUCUCAACGCGGGAGUACGACUUGACCUACGUGGAGGACCCCAAGUUUGAGGAGUUUCAGAAGCCCACUCUGACGCCAAGAGGCAGUAAAAGCGUGCUGGAGAUCAAGGUUCCUCGUGUGGACGUGGAGGCAGUGAAGGGAGAGGUGUUGCGAGUGUCUAACCGCUCGUGUGUGAGUGUGACUUUGGUGGGAAACACUUUGGAGUGCACCGUACCCCCUGAGCUCCAGACUGCCACCAAAGAGCUGGAGGUGGAGUGGAUGCAGGCUACCUCCUCAGUGAUUCUGGGGCGUGUAGUUCUGGCGCAGGAGCAGGACUACAAGCCGCUGAUCAUUGGCGUGGUGUGCGUGUCCAUCCUGCUGAUGAUGAUGCUUGCACUCUUCGCCUGGAUCAGGAGGAAGAAGCACAUUGAUGAUUUAGCUGAGGGGAUGGUUUGGUAUGACGGCCGCGCUCACAUUCCGCACUUGGACAUGCUGGCAAACGCAAGGAGUGUGAGUCCCACUAAUGAAAUGGUGUCUCACGAGUCUCUGGACUAUAGAACCACUUUGCUUGAGGACCAGAGCCUGCCGAUGUCCCCAAGCGAGUCCUGUCGGCCUCCUCCGUACACUCACGCACACGUGGACCUGUCCCCCAUGCUUGGGGCUGCAGAAGGAGACCUGGCCUCCCCGCUGCUCCCUGUUUCUGCUCCUGUAGACUUAAGCAGCCUCCACCCCGAGCUGCUGAAGGAGGUGCAGCACGUGGUCAUCGCCAGAGAGGACCUGCUACUACACAUCAGCGAGAUCAUUGGACGAGGGCACUUUGGCUGUGUGUUUCAUGGGACUCUGUUAGAACCAGACGGGCAGAAGCAGCACUGUGCAGUCAAGUCACUAAACCGAAUAACAGAUAUAGAGGAGGUUUCUCAGUUCCUAAAGGAGGGAAUCAUCAUGAAGGACUUCAGCCACCCCAACGUUCUUUCCCUGCUGGGGAUCUGUCUGCCCAGUGAAGGAUCCCCUCUAGUGGUGCUGCCUUACAUGAAGCACGGAGACCUUCGCAACUUCAUCAGGGACGAAACACACAACCCCACAGUGAAGGACCUCAUGGGUUUCGGCCUGCAGGUGGCCAAAGGCAUGGAGUAUCUCGCCAGCAAGAAGUUUGUGCACAGAGACUUGGCUGCCAGAAACUGCAUGCUGGAUGAGAGCUACACAGUGAAAGUGGCGGAUUUUGGCCUGGCCAGAGACGUGUAUGAUAAAGAAUACUACAGCGUGCACAACAAGAGCGGAGUCAAGCUGCCUGUUAAAUGGAUGGCCUUAGAGAGUCUACAGACCCACAAAUUCACCACCAAGUCUGAUGUUUGGUCAUUUGGGGUGUUGCUGUGGGAACUCAUGACACGAGGUGCCCCGCCCUACUCUGAUGUCAAUUCGUUUGACAUCACAGUCUUUCUCCUGCAAGGCCGUAGACUUCUGCAGCCAGAGUUCUGCCCGGAUGCCCUCUACAACGUGAUGAUCGAGUGUUGGCACCCCAAACCUGAGCGACGGCCCACCUUCUCAGAGCUUGUCUCGCGCAUUUCAGCCAUUUUCUCCAGCUUCAGUGGAGAGCACUACAUCCUCCUGAACACCACCUAUGUCAACAUCGACAAAAUGACGCCCUACCCCUCUCUCAUAUCCUCUCAGAGCCAGCUGGACCGGGACUGCUGCACCUGAGAGACAGAGAGAGAGAGCGAAAGAGAGAGAGAGAAAGGGGCAAACAGGGCAGGACCCAAAACCAGUGCGAAAGAGAGCAAGGCUGUGUGUGUUUGCUAAAAAAAAUCUGUUGCAUAAGACUGACAGACACUGGACUGUGAACCAGGGACCAUUUGCACUCUAUGGAGCAAAAGCUGCCCAAGGCCACUGCGGAACACUGUAAAGGGAAGCUGAUUGUCUUUAUCACUGUAGAUAGAGUACAGCCUUCUGAAGUUAGUCCUGUGGACGGAGCAGGGCUGCUGAUAUGAGCCUCUGAGUGCAGCAGUCCAGACCCAGGCGCUGACAGACAUGGAUUGGACUGGACUGAUGACUGUAGGAGCUCUCACACAGCUCACACUGAUAGGAGAGGAGAGCACAGACCAAAACCACUAAACCCACCAAACCCACUCCCACUGUGACAUCACAAGGCUGUGAAAAGGGGCUAAAAGCCUUAUUGUUUUAGAAACAUACGUGAACCACUUCAUUAGGGUGAGUGGUUCAUGAAAUCUUUCAAGGGCAUUGACCAAAUUUCUACUGACGUGGAGUCCAACAGAUCAAGUUCAGAGUCAAAAUGCUGAUCCAGGAUCAGGUUUUGCCUCUUAUAUCCUACUGUAUUAUUAUCUCAUUGAAGGAGAUGGUCUUAUUUUGUGACAAAUAAGAAAAAAGAAAAAGAUCUCUUGCUUCGUUCUUCUCCCUUCUUCCACUGUGGUGGUUUGUGCUGCUGAGUGUUUGUUUUGUUACUGGUUUAAUCUGUGAGGAUAAACAGUGCUCUGGGACGCUGUGCCACCAACUCUAGUGUCAGACCGACCCAGGAUACUGUCUGCAGAACACUGGAUGAUGUGUUACACGUGACGAUGAUUCUACGAAUGUUCUUCCAACCACUAUAUCUUUUUAUGUUCCAUUUGAUUUGAUGUGUCUGGAUUUUUAUAUGUGCUCUCUUUCAGCUGAUUUAUGCAUCAAUUGAACGGUCAGUGGCUUGGAUAGAGUUGAAAGAGUUUCUGAAGUAUUGCAUUAUGUGCUUUUGUUUGUAUAAAGUCAUCACUAAAUGGCAUUUUGAAGUCAAUCCGUUUUGCAUAUUCGCAAGGUAGCAGAGAUGACAAUGAAUGUGAGUUGGCUUGUAUGUGAAAGAUCAACUGAGGGAUUGUAAAUAAUGUUUCUCUAGUCCGAUCCUGCUGUAUAUAUAUAUCUAUAUAUAUAUAUCUAUAUAUAGUCUGGUUUCUGGUACCAUUCAAAUACAUGUGUUACAAAAGCAACAAUGGUCUUGUUUAAAUACCCACUCUGGCACUGUUUAUUCCUGUCUAGAAGGACAGACAACAACAGAAUACUCUUCUGAGGUCACCUGUAAUUAACAUGGUACAAAUAAUACUUCUGUUUUUCUUGUAACCGGGUUAAAUAAAGCUCUGUCAUCAGGUUGUCUGUGCAGAAUAAAUGGAAAUAGAAAAUUAAACAAGUUUUUUAGGAA